AUUAACUAUAUUUUAAUACUAAACAUUAUWUUUAUUAGGGACUGCCAGCAGAAUUUGCCAUGUUCCUAAACUACAGCAGAGGCUUAAGGUUUGAAGAAUCACCAGACUAUAUGUACUUGAGACAACUAUUCCGCAUUCUAUUUAGAACAUUAAAUCACCAAUAUGAUUACAUAUUUGAUUGGACCAUGUUGAAACAAAAAGAGUACAAUAAUGAUGGACAAAGUGCUGCUGUACCACAAGGCGGCUCACCUGUAUCUGGCGCAGCUGCUGCUGGCGGACCACAACCAUUUCCCCCCCAGACGUCAGCUACCCUAGCUACUGCGAACCAGGCGAGCAAGAACUGAGCCUUCAUGUACUUUAAUUUUAGCUUUGAAUUUAUAUAUUAAUAUAAAUAUUUUGCAAUUCAGCAACUAAUUAAAGCAAUGUCAACUCUGAAAUUCAAAUCUUUUUAUUUUUCAAUUUUCAAAAUUGUGCACAAAUAUUUAAAAAAAAAUCUCACACAAAGUGUAUAAUUWUAUAUAUUUUUUUUUUAGUGUAUUACAUCAUAAUGUACAACAAUUUUUGUUUCAGGUAAUCGCUAAAAUUAAAACUAAACAAUGGAUAUCCCUUAUCCUUUAACUCUCCUGGCCCCUUUAUAUAAAAUGCGAUUUUGUAUUAUUUUUUAUUUGCCGUAAUUAUAUAGCAUUAAAAAAGUUA